CUCUUCACACACCGCCAUUUUGUUUACGUUUUAGCAAUCGUGAUUUAUACAUAAACGAACCACAGGCAUGUGGAGCGAAUGAAAUCCAAACAUGUAUGUCCUAACGUCGUUCAGUAGACGACGAGCCCCUCAACGUUACAUAUCCAAAGUCUGUCCGACUCUACCUUACAAAAUUGCAAACAAGCAAUGAGCAUCCUCCAUCUCCUGCCUCUCAUGGUCACCACUUGCAGCUUCCCGGAUGACCAGUGACGUCAACGAGUCAUCUUUGUUCAUCUAAUCCAAGCAUCUAUUUUUAAUGUGUACAUAGUGACAGAAGCGAGUAGCGGUAGAGCGCCUUUAUUAUAAAGGAAAUAAUAGCGAGGCGCGGCACGAAUUUAAGGCGCACAUCACAGCGUAAAAACCCUUAGAAACUACAGGGAAUACCGUAUCGCUGGAAUAACCUGGAGAGUGCAUCUUUUAUCCCGGAGAGGGAGAGAAACGCCUGAGACAGCGCGUUCAUCUAUACGCUUCUUGUAGACGCACGCAAAGACCGGUUCAAAAUGUCUGCCCCAGCCCCUGGCGGUGCCCCUAACCCAGAGGGAGGUAACCAGCCUCCCAACCUCACCAGCAAUCGACGCUUACAGCAGACACAGGCUCAGGUGGAUGAGGUGGUUGACAUUAUGCGUGUGAACGUAGACAAGGUUCUGGAGAGAGACCAGAAGCUGUCCGAACUGGAUGAUCGGGCUGAUGCCCUGCAGGCUGGAGCCUCACAGUUUGAGACCAGCGCUGCCAAGCUCAAGAAUAAAUACUGGUGGAAGAAUGCCAAGAUGAUGAUUAUCCUGGGGGUGAUAUGCGUGAUUGUCCUCAUUAUUAUCAUCGUGUACUUCAGCACCUAAAGCACGAUGUUCCUACCCCGCUCUAAACUCGCGAACGCCCGAUUCGGAGCCACAGAGAAAUCCCUCGGGAAAAAAGAUGAGAAAAUGACUUCUCGCAGCAAUCUAUUUAUUUGCCCUAAAUCAGUCUAAAUCUGCCCCUUUCCUGAAGCCCCCUUGCCCCCUGUCUCCACUGCCUCACAGCUGGACCCCUGUAACUUCUCAUCCGUCCUGUAAGUGAGUGUGUGGCCAUGUGUCCUCUGUAAAUACCUCCGGCUUUUCUGAACUACUGUUCGUACACUAAACUCUCGAUUCCUCGUGAGAACAACAACCGAGAAAAACACAACCCUUAAAAUAUGAUAAGAUUAUACAGUAUAUAUUUAAAAUGGUCUUUGUAGAGUUUUAUUCUGAUAAUGGUUUUUUGUAGUUUGUGUGUGAGUGUGCGUUUGUAUAUUUUUUUAAGUUUUGUAAGACUUGUUUUGCUUCAGGUUUAAACUACUGCCUCUUGAUCUGGGUGUUUGUAUCUUGCACGCUCUAUUUCACUCUUUCUCUUACUCUCGCUCAUGUAUUGGUGUAGUUUUGCACAAGUGAUAGACUCCAUUAUCUACUAACUCGAUAUUUCCAGAUUUUUUCCUUGUCACAUUUACUCUGUCUCUGGACUUCACAUUGCCCCCUCAAACCAUUACUUUCUUUCUCACAAAAAGUACAUUCUCUAUCCGUAAACUGCCACAACAAAUUGGACCAACGACUGUAGAUGUUUAUCUUAAUUUUUGAUGUCUUUAGUGUCUUAUCUCUUAAACAUUCCUCUACGACAGUGUAGAUUUAUGCUGUCUUAAAACACAUACAGCUAAACUAAGUGUGUUUUCUUAAGGAAUUAAAACGUGAGUCUUAACCUCAACUGACCUCACAAAAAAUCACUUGGGUUUGUGAAAGUACAUUGCGCUGUACGUUAAAGAAAGUAAAUAUUUAUAAAGUGCUACUAAAAUCACAAAUCAGGGACAGAAUUGGCGCUGAAUAAAAUCUUUUUUAAAGGCCAGAGAAUCUCCAUACGGAGAGAUGCGUGAACGCGAAUCUGACAAUAAAGGGGAAAUAUUAUCAUGCACAAAAAGCUUGUUUUCGAUGGCGCUUUUUUAACUGGUUAGACUGCAGGUGCAAUGUGAGAGAACCAUGUGUUGUGUUACUUUCUCGUGUCAUAUCAGCCUUUGUCAGAAGUACUGCCAAACCAAUACAUUAACCUCAAAUGAAUUCACCCGUCUGAAAGCACACUGUUUUAUUUUAUGACAUCAAAGUGAGCUUGUCUUAACAUUCAUGGUUCUCUUUCUUAUAUCUAGAAUCUGCCUUUUUAGUUUUUAUUCUUUGAAUUGUAGAUAUAGAUUUAAAUUAUAUUUUUGCAUGUGUAGCAGGCAAAAAAAGGGACUAGCUCUUUCGCUGCUGUUGCCAUGUGCGCAGCAACUACCUUUUUGUCACUCGCCUCUCCGUGUGCCUGUUUAUUGAGUUCAGCUGUAGUUUACACAACGCCAACCACCUGAGGGGAGGUUUUUUCCUGGUUUCGUUUUCAUCGUGCCCUUGUCGGUGUGCUAUUGUGCAUGUACACGCCUCCAUCAGCAUCACCCUUCAGUCUCACCCACCCAAUCUGUCGACAAGAAGCAAGCCAGGCAUGAAGUGUGCACACGAUCAACCCCCUUCCCUAGUUUAGGCGUGUGUGUCCGUUUUCAGUGCACUUUAAUUUCUAUGAUUAGCUUUUUUCUUUUCAAACUCUUUGUGAAGAGUUUGCAUGCGUGGAUUUUAAGACUCUUGUUGCGGAGUAUUCCUGCUUCGACUUGACAGAUUAGACUGCUUAGAGAAGGGGGUUUACCACGGCAACGUGGUUACAUGAAGAUGAGAUGAGAUGUUUAUGAACAGAUUAGCUGAUGAAUUGUGACAGGAGGCGGGGCUAUUGUGAAGGGGCGGUGCUAAAGCAGUCAUCCCGAUUUGAAGCCUUCACUCAUUUAUUCACCAUCAUUUCUCUUUUUUAAAAGGAGACGGCCUUAGUACAUUUCAUUUAUUUUCAGUAUUUCAUUUAUCCCACUCAUUUUGGCCUAAUUUAAUAGAAAACAACCAAAGAUCAUAAUAUAUCUUGCUUAUACUGCCAAUUGCCAUCAAAACAGGUUUAGGGACAAAACAUUUCCCUCAUUCUCUGACAGAUCUCUGGUUUUUAAAAAAAGGGAAAAAUGCAAAAACCCCCUCUCUGUAUUUCCAGGUCUAUCUUUAUUUACUUGAAUAUUUUUAGUAUAAUAAAAGUUGCUAUGAUUGCGGACAGGAAAAUGAAUUUACACCCAGGAGACUGAUGUAUCCCCAGAUCUGAACCAGAUAGCACAACCAUUAAGUCUGUCUUUGUGAUGCUCUGUAUAAAACUUGAAACGUAACAUUUCUUUGCAGCUGUUUGAAGAAAAAAGACAAAAAAAUCUAUACUGUUUUGUGUUGUAGUGUGGGGUUCAUAUGGGGGAAGGGGGUCCUAUUUUGUUUAAGAUUUUAUUAUCCUGAGAAUUAAAAUGCAAACACUAGAAUUAGGAUAAAUACAGCCAAUGUCAAAAUAGGAAGACUGACAAAAUGAUUUAUUCUGUUAUGCACAUUCUAAGAUUCUUCUCCCAGGGGUUUUCAACAUUGUAAAGGGGUCUACAUUAUAACUAAUUCACAAAUGCAAUGGGGUAGGAUUCUAAAAUGAUUAAAGAAGCUUCACGAAGAGGAUUAUAAUAGGGAGCUAAAAAUCGUAUGUGCUUUCUUUUGUGACUGUGUGAAGAUAUUUUCUGUUUCGUCUUUGCACUUUUGCUUCGUUCAGAAAUGUGUGGGCUGAGAGAGAUGGUGGGAGAAGUUUUGUCACGCCAGCUUGUUAAAAACAUUGCAUCUUCCUAAUUGGAGGGAACCAAUGAAGAUGCAAAAGAGACAGUAAUUUCUCCAUUACACACAUCACGCAGUUGUUUAGAUUUAAGUUUUGUUUACUUUAAGCAGAUAUUAGUUAAGGCUUUGCGCCGAUGCUCUGUGGCACGGCGUUAAUGUACUUAGUCAAAAAUUUUUUUUUAUAUAUAUACUUUAAGAUAAGAACGGCGACCUAAGAUAUCUAAGUAACACUGGAAACUGAACCCUGCCUUAUUAAAGGUUAGAGUUUUUCUUCAGAAAGCUUGUAUGUACAAAGUAUGACUGCAAAUACCAACUUUACAUGGUUGCUAUCAGUUCAGAGAUGUGCUGUUGUUUAUUGAAGGUUUUUAGGGUCGGGACAGAAAAUGCAUACGAGCAGAAUUUCAGAGGUUGGUCCUGUAGAGUUUUGCGCUGGUCUACUAGAAAUGCAUUGAAGUGAUAGUCAAGUUGUUGUAUUAAUUUAACAAUGUUCAUAUAUUAAUUUAUUUAUUUUAUUUAUGGAGGUUUGUGUAGAAAAUGUUCUAGAUUGGUAUUACCCCUGUUCCUCUGGACUUUUUGGAGGGACUAGGCUGGAGGGUCACAGGUAAUACAGUCUAAACACAAUGUUAAUUUUUAUUUUACGACAUAAGUAAUAAUUGAGUGAAUUUUAAACAGAACCAAGUACAUUGUAACAGGGAAUCAUUUGGCAACCAGACAUACGUAAAAUCAAUUGUAGAGUAAUCUGUCAAUGUCUAUUAUAAGGAUGAACAUCUUGGGAAAAUAUAUAUAUACAUAUACAUAUAUAUAUAUAUAUUGCAAAAAAAGACCUGUGUUUAUUGUUCCGACUUAGAAAUUAAAAUGUGUGUGUGUGUGUGUGUUUGAAAACAAUGACAACAUUAAAAUAAAUAUAUAAAACUG